AUGACGAGAAUACUUCUACUUCAGACAGCGCAGAAUAAAGCACACCGCCGUAAUUGCGAAGUCAUUGCUUUGAGCUUGAGCUUGAGUUCGUGCAUUAAGUGUUUGUCUUCUCCUCCAUUUCCGUGCUACUUUUGUACCCUUUUGUUCAGCAACCAAAUCCUUCCAUAUCCAGACACUUUCCCAGUUCUUGAAAAGCUCAGCAGAAGGAAAGGAAAUCAUGUCGCCGCAGAAGAGAGGUUUGCCUUCCACUUCUUCAGGUCAAGCAAGUCUGCUCAGAAGGCCGCGCACCGCUCGAACGAAUCAAACAUGGCGUCGGUCUGGGAGGAAUCUUGUGCAAAGGAGCUGGUAUAUGGAGCAGGUUGUCCGGAGAGUGGUCAGAGAAGAGCUGGAGCGUGCUGAAAAAUCUCGCUUGGCCGAAUAUUGUCAAAGUUGCACAGGGAAUGGUCUCGAAGAUCUAGUGCGCUCAUUGGAGAAUACUGUUCAGAAACUGGAGAAAGCAGUGGAGCCUGCAAACAAUCACUCUCCCCACCUCAGAAGGGCUAAUACUAAAUCUAUGGCGAAGAGUGAUGUGAGAAACUUACAGCUUCAACUUCGAACCAAACUGUCACUUCCUAUAUUUACUGGAAAGAAACUAGAAGGAAAGGGGGGCGAUCGCAUUUCCGUUGUCUUGAUUGAUGCUAAUACAGGAGAGGUCGUCACAUCAGACCCAGAAUCCUCCAUUAAGCUGGAUGUUGUUGUGCUUGAAGGUGACUUCAAAAAAGACGAUGGUGAUAACUGGACUCAAAAAGAGUUUGAGAACUACCUGGUCAAACAACGUGAAGGAAAGAGGCCGCUAUUGGCUGGAAAUCUACAAGUGACGCUCAAGAGAGGUGUUGGGGAGCUGGGAGAGCUACUAUUUACAGACAAUUCCAGCUGGAAUAGGAGUAAAAAGUUCAGGAUAGGGCUUAUGGUGGCAUCCGGUUAUUGUGAGAAUACACGAAUCCGAGAAGCAAAAACUGAUGCCUUCACUGUCAAGGAACAUAGAGGAGAAUCAUACGAGAAACAUUAUCCACCUAGCUGUGAUGAUGAGGUUUAUAGGCUGGACAGGAUUGCCAAAGAUGGGAAAUCUCACGAAAAACUGAUGAAAGUCGGAAUAAAUAAAGUGGAGGACUUUCUACUGCAACUGUUUACGGACUCCGACAAGUUGAGAGAGAUUCUUGGGAAGAGCAUAAUACCAAAGAGAUGGGAUAGCCUAGUUCGUCAUGCAAAGACUUGCAAAAUAAGUUGGAAACUUUGUUUGUACUAUCUUGAUAGCAUGAGGAAGCAUGGUGCUCUAUUUGACGCUGCUGGUCAACUGAUCGGCCUAAUCAAAGACAGGGUAUAUGUCGCUACUCAUCGACUUUCUGCCCAAGAGAAGGAACAUGGAGAUACAAUCGUGAAAAAGGCCCUUGGUAACAAAAAUAAUGUUAUGGUGUUCAAUGGUGAGACCUUUUCUCCAAUGCAACCUGGGCAAGGCUCGGCCUCACCUUGGCUGGGCAAGGUUUCUUUGACUUCACAAAUUUGUGUCGCUCCAGGUGGUCUAGAAGCUUCUCUGGCAAAUGUGGACUUGACUGCUGAAGGACAUAAUGUUGCAACUGCUUUUACAUUGCCAGUACAGCCCCAAAUUACCAUCCCUGGAUAUGACAUGGAGCCUUCAGUUGAUGAAUUACUCGCUGAAUUAUGGAGAGACAACUCGAAUGGUCUAAUUUCUCUAGGAGAUAAUGGUGUCACUACUGUCGAAUUGCCAGCACAGUCCAAUGAUAUCAAUUUACAAUAUGCCAAGCCAAGCCAAAUGAUCGGUUUGGGGAGCCAAAUGGACUAUAUGGUGAUUGAGCAUGGUCUCCCCUCUAGACCAACCUAUGCCUCAACAUCAAGCUUCCAAUCUGGGAGUGCACUUCCUCUGUCUGCAGGCAUUCACGGGAUGGAAGAUUUCGGAUCACUCGAUUCAGAUGAUAGUACUGCGAACCAGUUGGCUGGCAUUCGGAACUCACCGGAUGAUGACACCUUUCAGACCUCACGAUGUUAUGACGGUUUUGCUACCGGAGAUGCUUUUGCACACUGGAUAAAAAUAUUUCUAGUGCUCAAGCGGUUUUGCCACAUCAGGAAGAGACGUGCCAGAGUUGUGCAGUUAGAUGAACCACUGAUGGAAGUCCAGGCUUGACUUUAUUGUUCUUACUGUGGCAUUAGUUCAGUUGAUUCUCCAUUUACUAUCUGAUGGAACUGAUGGUAUAUUUUUUCGUAGAUGAGGGCAUAUCAGUUACUUAUCUAUAUGGGACCCUGUUCAUUGAUAAUGUUGUUCAUUUGGGUA